UAGAGGCGGUGUGAAGAGGUAGGCUUUUUUCCCCCUGUAGUCAUUAUGAGCUGAUGUGUGCCAAGGUAGGUAAGAUAAAUUGUUGAACAAAGUGCACCUGCAAUUGAAUGCUGCCAGUUUUCACCGAAGAGCAGGCUGGGGAGAACACACUUGCAGAAACCUUGAUCUCUGGGGAUUCUGAAGGCUGGAAAAAGCACAAAUCCCAACAUUUUCAUCAUGAAGAGCUCUAGAAAUGUCUUCUAUCUUCUUUUCUUUCAUGCUGCACUCAGCCUGGAACGUAUCCGGUGGUGCACCGUCUCUGAGCAAGAACUUUCCAAGUGUAAUGACAUGAGUAAGGCCUUUGGUGGGGCUGGCAUCCUUCCCCGUCUGGAGUGCACAGCAGGGGGGUCAGCUGCCAACUGCACCCAGAUGAUCAAGGAUGGUUUGGCAGAUGCGGUGACACUGGAUGGCCGUUUGAUUUACCAGGCUGGAAAGGAGCAUGGUCUGAAACCUGUGGUUGGGGAAGUAUAUGAUCAAGAGAUUGGAACUUCCUAUUAUGCCGUGGCAGUGGUGAGGAAGAAUUCCAACAUCACCAUCAACAGCUUGAAGGGAGUCAGUUCAUGUCACACAGGCAUCAACAGAACUGCAGGCUGGGAUGUGCCAGUGGGUUCUCUAAUUGACAGUGGACGACUGGCAGCGAUGGGAUGUGACCUUCCAAAAGCUGUAAGCGACUAUUUCAAUGCAAGCUGUAUUCCUGGAGCAAAUGGCAUGAAGUAUCCCAAAUCCCUCUGUCAGCUCUGCAAAGGGGAUUUGGCUGGGCAGAACAAAUGUGAACAAAAUUCCCAAGAACGAUACUAUGGCUACAGUGGGGCUUUCAGGUGUCUGGCUGAAGGAGCAGGACAAGUCGCUUUCGUGAAGCACAGCACAGUGCCUGAAAACACAGACGGAAGAAGUCUUUCUUCAUGGGCUCAGUGGCUUCGCUCCCAGGACUUUGAGCUUCUGUGCCGCAACGGCAACACAGCUGACGUGAUGCAGUGGAGAACCUGCCACCUGGCCCGAAUUCCCGCUCGUGCCGUGGUUGUGCGGCCUGAUACAGACGGAACGGUUGUCUUCCACCUCCUGAACCAGGGACAACAAAGAUUUAAUGAGGUAGGCACCAAGUUUCAGAUGUUUGACUCUGCAGCCUACCGUGCCCAGAACCUUCUGUUCAGAGACUCCACCACAGAGCUCGUUGCAAUCACAGCUCAGAAUUACCGGGCAUGGCUAGGUGAUGAGUAUCUUCAUGCCAUGCAAGCUCUGAGCUGCAACCCCAACACAUUGCCAGAAAGCCUGAACUGGUGUGUUGUAUCCACUGAGGAGAUUUGGAAAUGUGGUGAAAUGGCCACUGCCUUUAGGGAAAAGAAUUUGAAACCAGCAAUUCAGUGUGUUUCAGCCAAGACAAAGGAGCAGUGCAUGGAGCUGAUCCAGAAAAAGGAAAGUGAUGCUGUAGUUCUGGGUGGAGCUGAUAUUUAUACAGCUGGGAAGACAUAUGGCCUUGUACCAGCUGCUGGAGAAGGUUACUCUGCUGAUGACAACAGCAAUGCAUACUAUGCUGUGGCAUUAGUGAAGCGAAAUCUGUCCAAUGCAUUCACCAUCAAUGACCUGAAAGGAAAGAAGUCCUGCCACACAGGACUGGGGAGAAAUGCUGGAUGGAAUAUCCCCAUUGGUAUUCUAAUUAAGAGGGGCAUUAUUAAGACCAGAGCCUGUAGUGAUAUUCCUCAAGCUGUGAGUGAGUUUUUCUCUGCCAGCUGUGUGCCUUCAGCUAAGCAGGACCACUACCCAUCAAAACUCUGUCAACUAUGUAUUGGAGAUGAUAGUGGAAACAAUAAAUGCAGUGCAAGUAGCCAAGAACGUUAUUACAGCUACAGUGGAGCCUUCAGGUGCCUGGCACAGGACUCCGGGGAUGUGGCCUUUGUGAAGCAUUCAACAGUGUUUGAGAACACAGAUGGUAAAAACACUGAUAGUUGGGCCCAAAACUUGAAGUCCAGUGAUUUCCAGUUACUGUGUCCAAAUGGUGCCCGUGCUGAAGUCACCCAGUUUGCUGAGUGUCACCUGGCUCAGGUGCCAGCUCAGGCCAUUAUGGUUCACCCAGAUACCAGUGUUUUUGCUCUAUAUGGACUACUGGACAAAGCCCAGGUCUACUUUGGAAAGAGCAGCAAUGGGAAUGGAUUCAAAAUGUUUGAUUCUUCAGCUUUUCAAGGAAAAGACUUAAUCUUUAAGGAUUCUGCUGUUGAGAUCAUGCCAGUAAAAGAGAGGAGGACAUAUGCAGAAUGGCUGGGGAGUGAAUAUAUUGCGUCCCUUGAAGGGAUGCAAACACCAGAGUGCUCUGGGGCAGGUAAUAAGAUAAGCCAAUACCUACUCGUGACUGCUGUCAUUCCCCUUCUUAUUUUAUGUCAGACACAAGGCUUGGACUAGCACGGUCCAAAUGGCAACUUCCAGGCCACCUCUGCCCUACCACCUUUUCUUCAGAUCAGCUGCUAUUUGGAUAACAUGCUGUGCUCAUAUUUGAAUACCUCUUCCUGCCUUUUUGCAAGGCAAGUGCUAACAGCACCUACUUGUCAGGGGAGUGGAGUGGGUCUGGAAGCUGCCCCUGCCCAUGUGGAUGGGGUGGAAUUCGGGGCAGAAGCCAGCAAUACAGUGUCAGCAUAGUUUGCAAGAUAAGUCCAAAACUGGAGCUUCUCUGCCAUCACUGCUGAUGUUGAAGCACCCUGGGCUGGAGGAUUCCCAGGUGCUGUUAGAUGGAUACUGGGUUUCUGACUUGCAGAAUUUCUGUGUCUUGGAAGGCAGUAUCAAAAAUCUUGUCUAGUGAAUCCUCUUUGGCCUCCUGGCUGGUUACGUUCAGACUCCUACAUCCCUGCUUAUCCCAUCCAACUCUAGCUAGGGGAACUGGUUUCUUCUGAGCUUUGCUGCCAGAAGAGGUAAGUGCACAGAGGAUGGACGGGCUGUGGACAGAGGGAGACAGUCUGCAGUCCAAGAAUACGCUUUUGCCAUGGGCAAGGUCCUCCACCUUCCAGCAGAAGAAAACGGGGAAUCUCCAAAGUGACCGGAUGAUAAAGAAGGCUGGAGACACUUGGAGGGAACUACCUGUUGGCAGAGAAAAGAACAAAGGCAAAUGUGCACAUCCACUGAGCUUGUUGACUUUCCACAGCCAGUACUGUCACUGCUGGAGAGAUGUCAUCUACCCCGUGGUCUUUAAUUUGAUACAAUCUCCAUCAAGAAACUUGUGGCUGCCCUCCUCCCACAUGGGGUUAUACGAGUACCCAUGCAUCAAGCUUGCGUUUGCUGCUAGUGAAACACAGCAGCUCACUUCUGAUUAAUCGUUUCUGUAUCUACUGGCUUGUAGCAUUCAGUUUUUAUUUUUAUCCAUAGCUGCAAUAACAGCAAAUGUUGCCGUGCUGCUGGCAGGCAGUGUCCUCCUGACCGCAGCUACCGCGUCAUGAUCCUGGGAUGAAAGGACCAGCCGGCGUUACAAAGAAGUGCUGAAACCUGGUAGCAAUAACGUCAAUAAGUGAAAAUAACAAAUAAACAGGGGAAGUAAAAUGACA